CUCGAAUCAACAGUCAUGUCGGACGACGGCUACGAUGGCGGAGGUGGUGGUGGGGACGACUUCGACUUCGAUGACCACGGAUUUGGGGGCGACGAAACAUUUGAUGACAACUACGACCUUCUUGCCGGCGAGCAGCAAGACCAGCAAAACCUCGAGGGAGACGGCGAAGGCGAGGGCGGCCAGGCAAAUGGGAUCAAUGGCGAAGACCACGAAAUGGGCAACGCCGAGCCACAACAGCAACAGCCGUCAGCGGGGAAUGGGCUUGCUGGGGAGCGGCAACCGAAUAAAGUCCGCGUUACAACACCAUAUCUCACAAAAUACGAACGCGCUCGGAUACUUGGGACCCGCGCCUUACAAAUUAGCAUGAACGCCCCAGUACUUGUUCCACUAGACGGCGAAACCGAUGCCCUACAAAUCGCCAUUAAAGAGCUCUCCCAACGCAAAAUACCCCUCAUCAUCCGCCGAUAUCUACCGGAUGGCAGCUUUGAAGACUGGAGCGUCUCUGAACUCAUCACCGACUAG